AUCUCCGGCGGAAGAUAUUGUUUUCUUUACGUUGACGGGUCGCGCCUGGCCGGCGAACCACCGGCGAAACAGCCGUCGUCACAGCUCACCAUGGGCGCAAGUCAAGGCAGCAAGAUUGGCCGGUCCCCAACGGCACGCUCGAUUCCAACAACCACCUGAACCAUUCUCCACGGGCGGGCGGGCUAUAGCCGCCGCCUGGCCUCGCCUAGCACACCUCCCCCGUGUCAGCCGCUCCCAGUUGCCCAUCCUCUCUCUCAGGCCAGAAAAGCACACGCAGAGACGCCAGGGAGCAUCGUCGAAAUCAAUCCGAGAAACGGACCGGCUCCAACUUCCCAAUCGGCGGCGCGGCGGACGACACCGGAGCCCCGGAGGGCGGAGAAACGCAGGAAUCCAAGAAACAGAGGCACCGAGGCCGGCAGGACAUUGAGCCGCCACACACACCGCGCGGCUCGCCCCGUUCAGCUCGCGGCCGCUUUCCCUGCAGCGAAGGAGGAGGAGGAGUAGGAGGUGGUGGUGCUCGUCCCUGAAGCCGCCGUUGACUUCCGACCGCCGGCUCCGGCAGGAGGAAUCUCUGCUCUUCGCCCUUCCCGUGAGUACCUGUCGUCACUGCACCUGUCAUCUAGAGCCCGGCAGGGGAUCCGCCCGGCGAAUCCAUCGAAUCCCCGCUCCUGCCCGCGCCGGAGACCAAGAUGCCGCCACCGGUGCCGGCCGUCCGGCUCGGGGCGCCGCCGCCGCCCCCGUGCCUCAGGACCCACGGGGCCAAGAUGGCGCGCCGGCACAUGUACGACUGGAUCGUGCUGCUCCUCCUCGCCGCCAUCGAGGUCGCGCUCAACCUCAUCACGCCCUUCCACCGCUUCGUCGCCGAGUUCAUGAUGGAGGACCUCCGCUACCCCAUGAAGCCCAACACCAUCCCCGUCUGGGCCGUCCCGAUAUACGCCGUCAUCCUGCCGAUGCUCAUCUUCGCCGCCAUCUAUGUCAAGAAGAAGAAUGCCUACGACCUGCAUCACGCCAUACUAGGCCUGCUGUUCUCCGUGCUCAUCACCGGCGUCCUCACCGAUGCGAUCAAGGACGGCGUCGGCCGGCCUCGCCCCAACUUCUACUAUCGAUGCUUUCCUGACGGAGUGCCGAACUAUGAGGCGGUCACUCGACAAGUCAUAUGCCACGGAGACGCAAAAGUCAUCAAAGAAGGGCACAAGAGCUUCCCCAGUGGCCACACUUCAUGGUCCUUUGCCGGGCUGGGCUUCCUGUCGUGGUACCUUGCCGGCAAGAUCAGGGUGUUUGACCGGGGCGGACACAUUGCCAAGCUCUGUGUCGUGAUCCUGCCACUGCUCUUCGCUGCGAUGGUCGGCGUGUCGCGGGUCGCAGACUACUGGCACCACUGGCAGGACGUGUUUGCCGGUGGGAUCCUCGGGCUGGUUGUUGCUUCGUUCUGCUAUCUGCAGUUCUUCCCGCAUCCGGCUAGCAAACACGGGCUGUGGCCUCAUGCAUUCCGGCAUCAGGAUCCUAACCCGGAAACUGAGAACCAAGGAACAACAGAUCCCCAUCAGUCGGUGCUGCCGUCCAUGGUACAACAUGUUGCCUCCAUGGAGAUGAGAACCAAUGGCCGAGCGUUGGAUAACAUGGAGGCUGGCAGCGGCAGAGCCUGGUAACUGAAUACGACCACCAUGGGGAUGGGGCCAGGCACGCACCACCAUGAGAGACAUCACCUUGUAGGUAGGUAGGUACUAGUAGAACUCUUGUUUUGUAGUAUAUGUUUCUUGUAAAGACAAAUGAAAUUGCGCGAUUUGGUUCGUUGUUGGACCGAAGUAGAUCUAGUCCUUGAGUUUUCAGAAUCAA